AUGGAAAGUAUUAUACCUAAGCAAGAUGAAGAAUUUAAAACUGAUCAAUCAAUUGGUGAUAUUUUGAACAUAAAGAGUCCAUUAGGUCAUAAGAAAAAACGUAGACUUAUCAUGAUCGGUCCUCCUAGAGGACCAUUUAAAUACAAGGAAAGUUAAACAUUACUUCAAAAGAGUCCAAAUGCUUAGAUUCAAUAACUAGGAAAUAUAGUAAGUGUAUGCCAUAAGGAAUUGAAUGGAGCUCAAACCUCGAAGGCAAAAAAAAGAUAUGAAGAGCAAUUCGCCUUCUCAGAGAGAUUAAUAAAUAGAUAAAUAGACUAAGACUUCAAUGUAAAAGUUGGACUUGAAUAAAAGUUAAAUGAAUAUGAAAAAUUGUCUCAAACUCUAAUAGACAUAUCCAAGAAAUCAACUCAUCAUGUAAUGGUACCUAUUAGUGAAGUCGGUUUUUUCACUUAAGGGAAAAUUAAGCAUAGCAAUGAAGUCUUGGUAUUUUUGGGAGAUAAUUACUUUGUGGAGAGAACUGCUCAUGAAUGCUAAGAUAUGAUUAAUAGAAGAAAAUAAUUGAUCUCGAAGCAGCUUGAUAAUCUAGACAUUUAACUCGAUAAAUAAUAAAAUCUUAAGGAUAUAUUAUAAGAAUCUAAACAGACCUCAGAUAAUCCAGAAAUAAUGCCAGAUACUUAGAGCAGAUGGACAAAAGAAGGUCUUUUAGACAUCAGAGAAGAGUAUGGUGAUGAGGUUCUUAGUACUCAAGUAUUUGAUGAGGUAUAAUAAACAAUACACCCUCAAAGUGAGUCUAUUAAAGAAAUCCUUUAAAAUAAGUAAACACAGCUGGAAGAAUAAAACUAAGACUCAGAUAGUGAUGAUGAUUUUAAGGUAAAAUAUUAGAGAUUGAAAAAGUAGAGUGAAGGUAAAAAUAAGGAGUUAAUUGAUAGAUUGAAAGCUCUCAGUGAUGGAGUCCCAUAUGUACCAGACUAGAACUCCUAAAAUAGUUUAAAUCAAGCACCUGUAGCUACCAAACCAUCAGACCUUAGAAGAAUGAUGUAAUAAGUUGCUGAGAGAGAAGAAACUAAAGCCAUUGAUAAACCUAUUUAGCAAUAGCAAUAAUAGCCAAAGUCAAUACUUAAGAAAUCAGUUGACUAGCAAAGCACAUUAAAUCAGCAAAUGUCACUAGGCAGUAACUUGAUCAAGGAGAAAAAGACUGAGCCUAUAGUAACAAACGUUGUAGAAAGAGACCUAAAGAGUGGUCGUAAAUAGUAGGAGCAGCAAUAAUAGUAAUAAUAGGAUAAAUAAGAGGAGGAAAGACCCAAAAGAGUAAGUAAAUUCAAGCAACAGAGAAUGGGACAAUGA